AUGUUGGCUAAAUAUAAGCCACCCAAGUUCGAGAUCGAAGACCUCUGCAUUCCGGAAUCCGAUCCUAUGUACAACAAUGCUGUUCGAUGCAUUCAAACGUACUGGAAACAAGCAGCCGAUAUGACCAAAGGCCAGCGUCAGAAAUAUCUCUGGUAUUUGCAGAAGACGCAUAUAAACCAUUUCGUCGCAAAGCCUUUUGAAUGCCAUGGAGGAACAGUAACAGCACACAGUCUAUAUCAGCGUGCUCGUGACGAUGCCGGAAAUUUUGUCAGGCUCUCGUGGCCCGUAUACCUGCUUCUCUCCUCUUUAUAUGGAGAUUUACCGAAGCGAUACAAAGAAGCCAUAGAGCAAAAAUAUGGCACCUCAGUCAUCGAGGAUUAUACCACUUUCUAUAGGUCUUUUUACCCAACUCCGACAUCUACUAUGGAAAAAAGCGUUACGGAAGGAAUAACUUCUGUUGCCAAUAUCGGAGAUUUUAUUCAUCGCGCAAGUCGCGAUUCUUCAUCCACGGCCUCAGAAACAAACCUUUCUCGAGGUCCAUGGAACAUCGAGACUGUCAUUAAAGACUUGGACGUAUCAAAGACGAAGCGAUCACCUUCAGCUCUGGAAAGCCCCCAGAAACGAACGAAGCUGAGCGACGAUGAAAUACUGAGCCGCCUCAACCAACACACUGAAGCCAUCCAGAAGAUUGUGCACGAGGCGCAGCUGGAACAGCGCUCAAAGCUUCAAGAAGUCCACCACGAUGUGGAAAAGGGCGUGCAAACUCUCAAUAGCAUGCAGAAUGAUUUACGGCAGUUCAUGUCAGCGGUUGCCUCAGCGUUGAAGGAUAUCGGAGAGCAUUUGAAUGAGUAA